AUGGCGAUUACAUCAUUGAUCUUGUGGAGUCUUACAGCCCUCAUCGGGUACUUGAUAUAUAAUCAGUCGGUCCAGAGGAAGCGCCAGGGCAAACUACCCCCGGGCCCCAAACCGCAUCCUAUCCUGGGAAACCUGAAAGAUUUCCCACCGGAUGGCGUGCCUGAAUACCAGCAUUGGCUGAAGCACAAGGACCUCUAUGGCGGCAUCAGUUCCGUGACGGUUCUGGGCUUGACGCUCGUCGCCAUCCAUGACAGGAAAACGGCGCAUGGACUGCUGGAGCAGACGUCGAGCAAGACGUCCGGACGGCCCACGAUGGUCAUGGCAAACAAGCUGUGCGGUUACGAGUCUAUUGUCCUCUGUCAGAGCUACACGCCGACUUUCCGUCGCUAUCGCAAGUAUCUGCAUCGGGAGCUUGGUACCAAGGUGUCCGCGGCGCAGUUCCGUAGUGUCCAGGAGAUCGAGGUGAGCCGACAGCUUGUGCGGGCGCUGAAUGAGCCCGGGAAAUGGCUGGAGCAUUUCAAGACUGCCGCUGCAGCUACUGUCUUGAAAACGGCAUACGGCUACACCAUCGAGCCGCAUAAGCCUGAUCCCUUGGUUGAUCUGAUUGAUAAAAUGAUGACGGAGUUUUCCCUCGCGGCUGUGCCCAUGGCUUGGGCCGUUGAUAUUAUUCCCGCCUUCCGCUAUCUUCCGGAGAUUUCCCUGCGCACGUUCAGAAGACAGCGCGUAGGUGGAAAAGGUCCAUCCUGGACUCUGCGUACAUCCCGUACCGAUUUGUCCGGCGUCAAAUGGCUGCAACUCAGGCGGGAUGAGGACGCUAAGUUGGAGCACGAAGAUGAGCAGGCUAUCAUCUGGACAGCGGCCAGUUUAUACGGCGCUGCCGCGGAUACUACGAUAAUCACCCUCACCAUAUUUACACUGGCCAUGAUCAAGUUCCCCCACGUGCAGCGUAAAGCGCAGGAGCAGAUCGAUCGCGUCGUCGGCACGGACCGCCUCCCAAACUUCGACGACCGCAGCCAGCUGCCAUUCAUUGACGCCCUGGUCAAAGAGGCCGUGAGAUGGUGGCCCAUUGCGCCCAUGGGCUUCCCGCACACGGCCACGGAGGAUAUCGUGUACAACGGCCUGCAUAUCCCGCAGGGCUCACUCCUCCUCCCGGCCGUCUGGUGGUUCCUGCACGACCCGGACGUCUAUGCCGAGCCGGAAGCGUUCGAUCCAGACCGCUUCCUCGCGCCGCGCAACGAGCCCGAUCCCACGGCGGACGCCUUCGGUUAUGGCCGCAGGGUAUGCCCUGGCCGGUUCCUUGCGGACGCCAGCCUCUACCUGACCGUUGCGCAGUUGUUGGCUGCUUUCAACAUGCGCAAGGCGGUGGGCGAAGAUGGCAAGGAGGUCGAGGUCGAUGUCCGGCCGAGGCCGGGCAUUCUGACGUAUCCGACCAAGUUCGAUUUUCGAAUCGAGCCGAGGAGCGAGAGACAUGUGCAGUUGAUUAGGCAGUUGGAGCGACGGUACCCUUGGGAACCUAGCGAUGCAGAGCUCCUGGAGAGCGUAGAUGAUUUCGAGGCUGGGUAG